ACAGGCGAAGCAGGUGCCCGUUUGCACCACAAAAAAGCAGAAUAACAUCACUGAUGGUUUAUAUUUCGUGAACCUAACAAUAGAUUUGAAAUGUGCGUUUAAUUCAGAAACAAUGGAUGAUUCAGGCCGAGCACUCCUGUCAAUGGACAUUGACAGGUUUACUAAACUUGGCCAUGAAGAACUGCAGAAUGGUGACGUCACGAAGGCUGUGGAGGCGUUCUUGUUCGCGUUCAAACAGGCGAAGCAAUUUGACGAUGGUUAUUUGGAAAGGUCAUGUGCUUUCAACCUUGGUGCUGUGUAUAUUGCUUCCAAUAACCCGGAAAAGGGACUUGAACUUCUGCAGAGAGCUGUGCCCCCUAUGAAUAAAAGAGAUGGAAGCUCAAAUGGAGAUUUGUACUAUAACUUCGGAUUGGGUUACGAAUCACUUAAAAAUAGUGCAGAGAUGGUCAAGUACUUUCAAAUGGCACUCCAAGAAUAUGAACUGGAGAAUAACCAUGAGAUGAUUGCUGCACUAUCUAAGAAACUAGGACAGAUCUAUGCUAAGGGUUCUAAGUCUAAGGAAGCUGCGGAUUGCUAUGGUAAGGCAGCCAAGGCAUUUGGUAGCUUAUUCCAAGUCGAGGAGAGGAUUCUGAUGCUCAGUAACCGGGCACAGCAACUUUUGAAAGUCGGGGAUAAAACAGAAUGCCUGCCAACUCUCGAUGAUUGUUUUCAACUUUGCCAAAAGAUGGAGAACAAGUCCAGUCAAGUCAAAUUAUACGGUGACCUUGGUCUCUUUUACACUCAAUGUGGCGACUACGGGAAAGCAUGUCAAUGUUUCCAGGAUGCUCUCUACAUCGUGAAGCUCGUCACCACAGACAAGAAGAAAGAAGCUGUGAUUGUACAAAAUCUUGGUGCUGUUUAUAACACUCUUGGGCAAUAUGAGGAGGCUUUGAAUCAUCAUACUGCUGCUGCAGCGAUGCAUGCUGAACUCGGUAAUCGGGGUGCCCAAGGCCAGUGUUUCUCCAAUGCUGCCUAUUCAUACACGCAGCUUGGUGACAACGAAUCGGCCGGCGAGUUCUACCUUCACGCUCUUCAGGCUUCGAAAGAUGCUGGAGACAAACACGGAGAAUGGCAGGCGAUGGAAGGUCUCGGAGCUGUCGCCUUCAACAGGGGACUAACCGAUAGAGCUGUACAGUAUUUCAACAAAGCCCUGGUCAUUCUAUCAGGCUGCGAACAGAAUCUAGUGGCACAGGAAAGAAUCGUUGGAAAGCUGACGGAUGCCAUACAGUGCAAAGUUGCCAAGGCUUCAGAUGGGCUUCCACCGUUACCUGUCAAACAUUCGCUGAGUACCAAAGAGUCAGUGCAGUCGAUACCAGUCACCAUGAGCAAAAGAGAGCUUGCAAGAAGUCACAGUGGACGUCCGCCGUCAGUCAUCUCGCUUCCAACGAAGCAGACUCCCUUGUAUGUACCAGCGCCACCUAUGAAGGAUAUCGACAGGAACAUCAGGUUAUUAGUUAAUGACGAAUCUCCAUCCACACGGGAUUUUUAUAGGCCAACUGCUCCCUUGACAAGGAAUGAAUUUGAAACAAAAAGGCGACCCAGGAAAAUUUCUGACACAGGUUUGAUCAUACCAUAUUAUAAUGCCCUCGGUCUGUCGGACUACGACAGUGAUACAGACUUGUCGCUUUCAACGGCACCGUCUUCCCGCAGAGUAUCUCGUAGUCGAAGGUUAUCAGAUGAAGUGGACGGAAUGCUCAAACAGUUUAGAGAAGACAGUUAUCGAAGUGAGGACUAUUACCCAUACUACCAGAAACCGUAUAAUACACCUUUGUGGAAAGGUCGCACCAAUCGUCCAUUGACUGCUAGACCUGAGAGAAGAAAGAAAAAGACAUCAUUGACAAAUGAGGAAGUUGCAUUGAUCAGAGCCAUGCGUCGUGGUUCCAGGGACACGUCAGAAAAGAGCAGACAGCCAGUUGAGGCACCUAAAUCGUCAAAGAAGGAGAAGAAAAGAAGGUUAGGUGCAAGGAGACCUGUAAGUCCCUCAAACGUCAUGGUACCUCAUGCGAAAAAUGUGUUAAGUGAUCGACGUCUUCUCAGAUCAAAUACAUUUGAUUCCAAGGAAAAUUACAGACAACGCAUGAAGAAGUUGUAUAAACUUUCAGAUUCUGAUAUUGACUGGGAAUACCUCAAUAGAAUUGGGCCAAAACCGAUAACUCCCCGUGAGUCGCUGAUCCGUGGCAGGAGCUUCGUUGAGGAAGGUGUCCACAUCUUCAGCAGUAAAGUUUCAGAGUCGUCGUCAUCCACGUCACUAAGCUUGGACUCAAAAACAACCAAAGAGUCGGACAGUGAAACAGAAACUGAUACUGACUCUGAUGAGGAAACGAUUGAGGAACACCAGGAUAAUCUCCCAACAAGCUUUAACCUAGACAGUAUUCGAUAUGCUCGCACAUCUGAGGAGUAUCGGCGCAUGAUGAAGGAAGGCCGUGAAGUACGAAGAUACUCACCUGCGGAUCCAGACAAGGGUGUGCGUCCUAUGUCAUCGCGGCAAAGACCAUCAGAUAGACAGAGGUCUUAUAAUGGCAGACCGUCAUCUUCAAAAAGCAGACCCAAAGAAACUGACGAAAUACCCAAGGCGCGUGUGUCACCUAGAGCACAAGCUCCACCAUCACCACGCCAGGCUCAACCGUCACCCCGAACGCAGCCAUCCCCAAGAGAAGAAGCCUCCUCAAUCGAAUCACCUGUGCCAGUAUCUUUGCCAACCCAAAACCUUGAGAUGGCACCGAGACCACCUGAGUCCCCCAGGUCUCCCUCACAAGAACACCCACCCUCCAGGGAGCGCUUUGAAAAACGUAUGAUGGAACACAUGGACGCAGAAAAAUCUGAGCAAAGAACGAAUCGUAUUGACUCCAUCGAUAGUGCUCAGUCUUCAUCAAUGGCGGACACAGACUCACGGUCGAAUUCACGUGAUCCUGAUUACGAAGAUGCAUUACCUGUAGAAACUGCUGUAUCUCCUGAUGCAGCACCCGCAUCGUCACCAAGGCCUCUGGAUCGAGGAGUGUCUCUUGCCACCUCUGCAACUGAUAAGUCGGACAACCGGGAUUUAGAGGAGUAUCGACGGAAGCUGGAACGACGUGAUGCCAGUUUGGAUGGCACAGAAUCUAUAUCUGAGAGUAACUUGUCAGAAAGUGGGUCAUUGUACACCUCGUCUGAUUCUGGGACUCUUACAGCAGAUGAAGAACCACCAUAUGAAUCGAUCAGGCUAGGAACAACUGGUACACCUCCACCUGUUCCUCCACCAUUGGAGUCCACCUAUGAGAAACCAACAGGUGCACAACCUGGGCCAAACUUCUUCAGGGCGGACACUGAGGAAGUUGAGGAGAAGAUGACAGCCAGUGAAGCAGUUAUGGGGGAAAGUGGUCUUUAUGAAAGUAUCCGGACGGGCAAGUUUGAGGAUGUACCACCUGGUGUUGAACCCACAGCAGGAGAUGGGACAAAUGGCGGGGAGGGCACAUCUCAGCCUGUCGUGCCACCUCGGCCUCCAAAUAUCGAAAACAUGUCAAGAGCUGAGAAAGAAAUGAAAGACAACAGAGAGAAGGCUUUGUAUGAUUAUCAAGUAAAGAGGGAUGAAUAUCAGAGGAGACGGGAGGAGAGGAGAAAGUUACAGCAGGCCUCAGUAGAGGAAAAAGAUGAUAAGCUGAGGGCUCGGCAAAGGAGCCGAAUGUGCUCAGUGAUGUAGUCUGAGCUCAGGCAAAGGAAGGGAAUAAGUUAAAACCCUGGGGGCCGCUCUCAAUCACAGGUGUCUGUUGAUCGAAGCCCUAUCAAGGAAACUCUUCAUGUCGUUAUCUGGAGGGAACAUAUACCAUCCUGGGGUAGAGACUUGAUGUACAAUUGAUUUUGUGUAAAGAUGUAAAGAUGUAUAUAAUCAUGUAAAAGAUAUUUUGUUACUAUAAUACUGCUAUGUGAAUUGAAUUUGAUGAGCAGUUUUGUGGAAGAUAAUAUACUGGAUGACUUUUACUUAUUAGGAAACAUUACCAAUUAUUUUAAACAAGUAUUCAUAUUUAGGUUUAUGAAGGAUUAUUUUGUAAAGUUUUUUUGGAGUGUACAUAUGAUAUGGUCAAAAUUAUACAAUUUGUUGUUUGUUUUACUUAAUGAACCGUCCAAAACCUUGUUGAGCUUGUUGUUGUGGUUUAAGUUAACAUGUGAUCAUUGCAAAUUUAGUCAUAAUCAGAAGGAAGCCAUGCCUAUCGAGCAUAAUAAUCACAAAAUCAGAAGUGAGGUAAUGUUUGUGCGGAAAGCUAGUUCCUGAUUCUCGGUUCCGAUUAUAUAGCCUAUCAUUAAAACGGUGUUCAUACAAUCUUUCUAACUUUUGUAGAUAUAAUAAGAUUUAUGAACUGCCAAAAGCAAGGACUCAACCGAUUCCUCCACUGAGGGAUGCCUAUUUAGUCAAGAUAUCGGGUAGUCAAAUAGGAGAGUAUACUGUCAGGCCUAUGCUGAAUAACUAUUUAUCAUCAUGUGUCAACCAAAACAUUCCAAACUCUGUGAUCAUUUUGUCUAAGUCAGACUUGCCACUUAUAACUACAGUAGAACCUCUCUUAGCGGACACCUCUCUUAUAAGGUCAACCUCUCUAUUAAGGACACUAGUUUUGGUCCCAAAUUGGUUAUUUCCAUUCAAUUUGACCUCUCUUAUCAGGACACCUCUCUAUUAAGGACAGCAUUUGUCAGUCCCGAGGGUGUCCUUAAUAGAGAGGUUCUACUGUACUUUGUAUCUAUAUCUAUGGGGACAAAAUCCUAAUGGUGUGCCUUUCUUUAUCGAUGCAGGACCAGUAUCUCUGUUUAGAAUAGAUCUAGCACCAAGUCAUUUUGGAUCAUUUCAAUAUGAGUCUAGUUAUUUCUGUGUAGCUCCUUCUUCAAAGUUUUUUCAAAACAUUGAAAUCCUGUGAUAGAAAUACAAUGUAUUAUUUUGCGAGAAAAACAAAAUUGUAAGAAAUAUCAGUAGUGAUCUGUAAUGAAUAAUAAAGAGAGCGUUAUCAUGAUAAUAU